CCGCUGAUCCCGCGGUUUUGUCGCCAAAAUGCAGCUCUUUGUCCGCGCCCAGGAGCUCCACACCCUUGAGGUGACCGGCCUGGCUACUCUGCAGAUAACUGGCCGCUUGCUUGGAGGUAAAGUCCAUGGAUCCUUGGCCCGUGCUGGAAAAGUGAGAGGUCAGACUCCCAAGGUGGCCAAACAGGAGGAGGAGGGGGAGACGACUGGCCAGGCCAAGAGGCAGAUGCAGUAUAAACGACGCUUUGUCAAUGUUGUGCCCACCUUUGGCAAGAAGGGCCCCAAUGCAAACUCUUAAGUCCUGAGUAAUCUUGGCUUUGUAUAAUAAAGCUACUUGGACCAUGCAAAAA